CGUUUCCGUGCCUUGCGUGUGUGGGAGGCUGUCUCAGGUCUUGGAGCAGCGCAGCUGUGUGGACUAGGGGCUGGGAGGGGGAGGACUCAUUUCGCUGUACGUGGCCUGGCUCCGCGCCUUCCUGUUGCUUCUCUGCGGGCUCUAUCCCUAUACUGUACCUCUCCAGACGUCCUAACGCAUAGCCCCCACUGAGACGCGGCUGGGUUUUUAUUUUACAGGACACCAAAAAAGAUGAACACGAUACUGAAAUGCCUCUUGACUGUGUUUGUGUUCGCUUCGGUGGUCGCCAAUAUAGUCUUCAUCAUUUUGCACACGCCCAGGACACCCAAAUGCGCUCCGGAAUUCCAGGACGCGCUGAAAGGCAAGAAACACGAUGACAAAGGCCUGGUGUUCGCGGAUCUGACCAGCGAAGAGUACACGCAAGUCCGCGAUUACAUGUGGAGCGUGUCCGCACUGAACAUCUCCCGAUCUGUAUUUGCGCAGCCCUCCGAAAACGUCCUCUUCCUGAUCGAGCUGCACCUGCCCCCGAAGAGCGAGGUGCUGCGCUACCUUGACAAGGGCGGCCCGAGGCCCAGGAGAGAGGCCAAGGCCGUGGUGUUCUCCGGGUCAAAGCAAAGCAUCUCGGAGUACAUCGUGUGGCCGUUACCGAACCCAGACCAUCACCAAGACGUCACACUGAAGACAUACAACCAAGAAUUGCAUAUAAACGCCCGCACUGUGACUAUCGGCGAAUAUGUCGCCCUUUUUAAAUUCGUCCACAAAGAGGUGUUCGGAAAGGUGAAGACCAUCCUGGAGGAGAGUUUCGGUUACAGCGAGAGCAACACUCUGAACCCAUUUGAGGGCAUGCCCCGGGGUAUCCAGUCGGGGGACCGGCAGACCUGGUUCUCCUUUUUCCGCGACAGGAGUGGCUUUUACAUCCACCCCGUCGGGUUUGAAGUCCUGAUUAACCACAGGGACACCAAAAGCUCCAUGUGGAAGGUGGAAAAGGCGUUGUACAACGGGGAAUACUUUGCCAGCCUAGAGGAGCUGAACGAAAAAUACGCGGCCGGUAAAGUCAAGAAAAUCCGUUACAAAGAGAGCCGUGACUACGGUUCUCUGAAACCGAGGCACAAGCCCACGGGAUUCGGUCCUCUACAGUACGACGUUCAAGGCAAACGCUACAGCGUCAGGAACAACCAGGUGCUGUAUUUAGACUGGAGCUUCGCCUUCGGCCUCAGCUCCCUGACCGGCAUGCGGGUUUUCGACAUCCGCUUCAAAGGGGAGCGGAUCGCUUACGAGCUCAGUGUCCAGGAGGCGAUGUCGGUAUACGGUUCGGUCACCCCGGGGAUGAUGCUCACCAAGUUCAUCGACUCCAGCAUCGGGAUAGGGCGGUUCGCACACGAGCUGGUGCGCGGCGUCGACUGUCCCUAUACGGCCACCUUCGUGGACACCUACCGCUACAUCGACACCAACUUCACCCAGAGGUUCAGGAACUCCAUCUGCAUCUUCGAGCACAACACCGGUCGCCCGCUCCGAAGGCACUUCUCCGACUUCUUUUCCAACAGUUACGGGGGGCUGGCAAAUAACGUCUUGGUUUUCAGGACCAUCACGGCCAUUGGCAACUACGACUACAUGUGGGACUUCAUGUUUUACCAGAGCGGGUCCGUGGAGGCCAAAGUGCACGCCACGGGUUACAUCUCUUCCUCGUACAAGACUGAGGACAACCUCCGGUACGGGCAUCAGGUGGCAGAGAACACACUGGGCAACAUCCACACGCACUUCAUCAACUUCAAGGUAGACCUGGAUGUGUUGGGCAGAAAGAAUAUGUUCUUGACCAAAGACAUGGAGUUUGUCAACGUUUCUCUGCCCUGGAUCCCCGGAGAGUACGCGCAGAUCCCCAGGCUGGUGGAGAGGCAGCUCAAGACCGAAGGGGAGGCGGCGCUGCGCUACGACACCAAGACGGCCCGGUACCUGCACAUCGCCAGCAACCUCACCAACAGGUGGGGGCACCCGCGCUCCUACCGGCUGCAGGUGGCCAGCUUCACCGGGGACCACCUGCCCGAGGCCGUGCCGGAGGAGAGAGCCAUGUCCUGGGCCCGGUACAAAGUGGCAAUCACCAAGUACAAAGAUGAGGAACAGACCAGUAGCAGUCUGUAUAACCAAAACAACAUCUGGUCCCCAGCGGUCGACUUCAGUCAAUUUAUCGAAGACAACGAAAACAUUGAAAGUGAGGACCUGGUUGCCUGGGUAACCACUGGGUUCCUCCACAUCCCUCAUGCUGAAGACAUCCCCAACACCGUUUCCGUGGGCAACGGCGGCGGAGUGAUUCUGAGGCCCCACAACUACUUUGAUGAGGAUCCCUCAAUGAACUCCCCAGACUCUGUGUACAUCCACCCCUCCGAGCCAGCAGACAGCUGCACGAACAACAGGUUCGCCUGUCUGGCCAAGGAAGUCUGCGCCCCAAGUCUCCCCACCUUCACCUAUAAUGGCUUCGAGGGGGUCAUGAAAUUCGAGGAGUGAAACAUGCCAAACUGAAGGUCAGCGCAGCCCAAUCCAAGAUUAAAAUAGGAAAUUUUAAAAACCUGUCUCAAGAUUUCUGAAACCGACUAAAGUAAAGUACAGAUGAAAAAUGUAUCAUUUUUAAUUAUUCAAUAUCAAUAUAAUUCCCAAUUCAUCAGCGCACACCACAAAUUUCCAGGGUCAUCUGGCGUACCACCUGGGGGCGCUCCGCGUACCGCAGUUUGAGAACCACUGGUCUAUACUGCAAAACCAGAAGGGUUGUGGGGCUUGAGAGGGGGCAGUGUUGACUGUGAGCGGUGAGCAACGUAAGGUCAAUGUGAGGCCACUCGCUCAAUAGUCUGGCCCAGGUAGUGGCUGCUUUUUGACUUAACCUAGACUGAGCUGACUGUUCCCUUAACCAAAUCAAUCAUUUUCCCUCCACUCCUGGAGAGGUGAUGGUUUAAUGGUCCAUUAGCAGUGGUAGACUGAGGCCCUCGAGGACUGUAACUCUGUAUCACUGAACCCAGAGGGCUGUUGACCCAGGUGGAGUUUCCAGGCCAGAUGCUCUGGGUUUUUCAGCAUUCCUUCAAGAUGGCUCAAACAGCCUCCUCACAGCCUUGUUACCUCUCUUAGGUACAGUGGACUGGAGCUGGACCACCGUGGCCCUGGGGAGCCACAAUCCAGCAGGUCCUUACGUAAAAGGUUGGGAUCAUGUGUGAGUUUUGCUCAGUUCAGUAAAUUAACGUAUUCAUUUAGGUCAGGACUGACCAACUGCAGGCCCCGAGAGCUAUAGUGUAUUGGAAGUUUUAUUUCAGAUUAAAGUAUCUACAGUAAAUUGCUAGACUGAUCACCUACUUCAGUGGUCAAAAUAAUAUCGUUCCAAGAGUUAAGGAACUGAAAAUUGAAGAGUGAUCCAUAAACUGUACUGGACUGUGGCUGUCUGGGACAAAGUGUGACCACUCUGGCGCUAGACCAUAAACCUCACUUUCCAUGCAGCCGCUGGUUAUGACAGUGGGUUUUGUUUAGCUCUUGACUGUUGUAAUUGAACCCCAAAUUUACAAUUAUGAUUUUUUGAUUGUUUUCAGUUCUGUAAUGGUCAGAGGUUUUAUUUUCCCUAACAAAACUCAGAAAUAACAGAAACAUCUUUUUCAAAUCAAAAAACAAAUAUCCAUGUUUGUUAUCUAAUUAACCAAUUUAUCAGUUUGGGGUUCAAUUAAACAAUUAAAAGUGCAGCUGGAUUGAAACCCAGCAGAUGCUGGGGUAACCAGAACUGGGAAAGGCUGGGUCUUGCCACAGUGAAUACAAAGAAACAGAGUGGGAAAUUUUUGAUUCUGUGGGAUUUAAAAGAUGCCUACUCUUUUAAGUUGUGUAGAUGUUUUAAGAUGAGUUUAUAUGUGACUUCUAAACAUGCAAAAACAUCUUGGUACAUAGAACAGUACAGCGUUUCUUUGUUUAUUGAACACGAUGACUUUUUAUUUGAAAACAAAACCUUCAUUUAUUUGAAAACAUAUUCUAAUCAUUAUUAUCCAAUAAACAGUUUCUUUAAAAACAA